UGACAUCUAGUCCAGACAAGAGUAGUCGAAUCAAUAAUCAUAGAUGACAGCCGGUAGAGGCGAGUGUUCGAUUACUCUGGUAGUGAAUUUGAUUUCCUUUCGUCCUGCAACAAGAGGAGGCGGUGUACGGAAGUAGCAUGGGAUUUUAUUACCAAGCAACAGAGACCAGCGCAUACCGGCGAAUUGGUAAAAACGGUAGUAAAUUCUACCAUCGACUUUAACCACAUUCAGAAAACAAAUGUCAAAUAAGCCUUCGCCCAGACUCUGCAUUCCGUUGUCGUUAUACUGUGAGAAGUUAUUUUCUGCAUGAAACGGGAUCAAAUCAAGCAGGUUGCUCUGUCAUGAAUACAAUGCACGCGAUCAAUCACCAAAAUCACGACUCUCACUGUGGAACCGAUGUGGCCCGUGCACGCUGGGCUCUUCUGCGUCAGGUUCUGAAACAGAAGCAGCUCGACAGUGCAGAUGUUCAGCAGGUGUCUGUGCGAAGAUUCUCCUCCUUUAACCUGUUCUCCAGGAGCAGGGUCACUCCCACAGAGACGGAUGAGCCAUCGGAAGGGCAGUGGGUGGAGUACAGAAGUGCAAUCUUUCCUCAGUACAGUGCCUUACUCAGAGACAAUCUUGGUCCCAUUAGAGUGGAUGAGGUGCUCAGCAGCUUUGACAACACGGGAAAUGUCUGUGAGUAUCCCUUCUAUGCAU